AUGGCGACUAUUGCCUCGCCAUCACCCUCUCCUUGGCCGAAACGCCGUGCCCGGGCCUGGGCUAUUCGAUGCGAACGGUAUUUCUGUCUACUAGGGACGUAUUUCCCCUUAGCCUUCGUCUACAGUCUUACUACAUGGGCGGUAUAUGUGGAGGCCGGUUUGGGAUUCAAGUCUUCUCGGAGCAACUGGAUCGGAAUCCCCAGUUCGAUAGUUGGAGUCGCUCUUUAUCUCAUACUCAAUGCCUGCUAUAGCGUGGCCGUGUUCACUGACCCCGGAUCGCCGUCGAUGGUCAACACUCGCGGGAAGGGUGGUCGACAACACCAGUACAGUGUUUUACCGGUCACAGAACCGGCAGAGUAUACGGCCUUCACUGUGAGCUCCACCGGGGGCUCUCGAUUUUGCAAGAAGUGCCAGUGUCCCAAACCGGAUCGGGCGCAUCACUGCUCCACAUGCAAGCGUUGUGUGCUGAAGAUGGACCAUCAUUGUCCCUGGCUGGCAACUUGUGUGGGUCUGCAUAAUUACAAAGCAUUCUUGCUAUUUCUCAUAUAUACGACUCUGUUCUGUUGGGUUUGUUUUACUGUUUCGGUGUUGUGGCUCUGGGCUGAGAUCUUUAGUGACUGGGCACCCUCAGAUGCUGGGUUGCCUGUCAGUGUCGUGAUCCUAUCCCUCCUGGGAGGUGUUAUUGGGUUGGUACUGACGGGAUUUACGGCCUGGCACAUCAGCUUAGCCGUUCGGGGUAUGACUACCAUUGAAAGUUUGGAGAAAACGCGCUACGUGUCCCCGUUGCGCAUGGCCUUUAACGGACGUCGAUUUGGAGGUCAAAAUGGCCAGUCCUUGGGGGAUACCUUUGGCCAGCGGCUGCAGGAUUACGGGAAUCAGAUUCUGGAAGCUCAUGCGAAUGCGAUUCCUGGCGUCACUCGAGCGGAGGAAGGAGAGGAACGGGCUUCGCCCACCCCAGAGCCACGCCCUGUCCCUCUCCCGUCCGAUGAUGCGGAUCUUGCGCACCAUAAUACGAACAACUUUACCCCUGCACAACAGUCCUUGUUCCGUUCUUAUGCCGACUUUGAGAGGCGACGCGAACAAGAUCGAUACCAGGACUACCUGGACGAGAAAGACAGCGACAAGAUGCCCUGUGCAUUUGACUUAGGCUGGCGCCGCAACCUAAUACAUCUGUUCGGUGACCGGCCACUUCUAUGGUUCAUCCCCGUCCACACCACUUCGGGAGACGGUUGGCAUUGGGAACCGAGUAAGAAGUUUCUGGAAGCACGAGAGCAGCUCAGAGUAGAGCGAGAACGCGAACUGGCUCGUGAACGGCAGUACUACCAGGAUCUAUACCGACGUAAUAUGAAUAACAGCAGAGCCUGGUUAGGAGAUGCUGCACCUCGGACACCUUCGUUGGGCAUACCUAACAGGCACAGUUUUAACGACUCGGAGAGACCCGGCACGGGAGUGUCCAUGAAGACCCUGGCUCCAAUGUCACCUCGUUCGAGCCGGGAGGAUACUGAAUCUGAGGAGGAGAAUAAUUUCGACGAGAACAACCUCCUUCUGAACCGGGGAAGCAAAGUUCCCGCGUCAAGUGAUAAUAGAAACGAGGCGUCAAAAUUGAAGCGGACAAAGGGGCAUAGAGAAGAGACGGAUGAAUGGAGCCAUUGGGAUUAG